AUGUCAUACUACAUUAGCAUCCACCACGGCCCAGGUGUGGAUGAGAGCCCUGAAAACAUAUGGGUCAAUAUCACCUUUACUCCCAGACAACAUUUUUACCUUCGCACUGACGGAGCGUUGAUUUUUUAUAUCAUUGAACGCAUUCGGGAGAGGAAGUUCGAACUUGGUCGUGACCCCAAGGAUAGGCAUCAUCGAUGGUGUAUCUCGAUACCAGUCUCUAAAUCGCAUAGAACAAUGGACGGAGUUGUUGCUGAUGCUUUUCAACUGGCGGAAUGGUACAAGGUCCAGAUUCUGAAUGGAAAUGCAAGUAUCAACCGCGAGCUACUAUUUGAUCGGAAGCCCUAUGAGGAAGGUAAGGAAUGCUGUAAAGAUGAUAUUUGUGAUCGGAUACUACAUCCGGAGUGGUGGUCUAAAGAUUCUAGUCCAGAUACUAGUCAAGACUCUUAG